GCUCUUUAACUCUUGGUGAUGUUGACAAAACCAAAAUCGAUGGUAAAAUUACUUUCAACAAGUUAGUUAACAAUAUAGGUUUUUGGACAAUUGGUUUGGACGAUGCUUCUGUUAAUAAAAAAGCUCUUAACCUUGGGAAAAGAAAUGCUAUAAUAGAUACUGGAACUACUCUUGCAAUUAUACCACCAAAUGAUGCUGAAAAGAUUCAUAAUAAGAUUCCAGGUGCCGUUGUAGUUCAAAAUCAAUUUUGUGUGCCCUGUAAUACAACUGCUAGUGUAGCAUUUACCUUUGGUGGUGUUAGCUAUAGUAUUGAUUCAAGAGAUAUAACAUUUCAACCUAUUGGUCAAGAUAAUCUCUGUGUUUCUGGAAUUGCUGGUGGAAAUAUUGCUGGAAAUGAUACUUGGCUUGUUGGAGAUACGUUCUUAAAAAAUGUUUACUCAGUAUUCAACAUAGUAGAUCUUACUGUUGGAUUUGCCAAUUUAAAAAAAUAA